AUGAGCAAACAAUCUUGCAAAACACGAGACCUAGAGUCUCAAGAUUCGCAUGACGAAAUAACUGAUAUCUUCCCCGAUGCUGAGCCACAGGAGCAAUUUCUCCUGUUUAGGUUGCCCUUGGAAACACGCUGGAUGAUCUACGAAUUGAUCUUUAGCGAGGUUGAGGUGCCCGACGGAAGAUACAUGAAGAACAUCAGCGAUAAAGACUUUGAAGACACAUCAUUAGAAUCCUCUACCAAAAUCAAUAAAAGCAAGAAGACGGUGCCCUACUGGCUCCGGCCUGAUUGUACGACACGUAUGAUGAUCUGGACAGACUUCUUGCAUACUUGCAAGCAGGUAUACAAUGAAGCGGGCUUGUUUCCAGUAAGCGUUAACAAGCACAAGUGCUACCAGAUCCAUGGGCCCAGUGAUGACCCUGGCGAAUAUCUGGAAAGAUUUACAUCGCGCCAGCUCACCCGAGUGCGCCAUCUACACAUCUAUACACAACAGCACACGCUAGAUGACAGCGAGAUUCCAUUGAAGAAACAGCUCAAGAUGGCAUCAGUGGGUCUGGAGCAUCUAACUAUUACCAUACGAAACUGCUCGAGGGGUCCCCCAGAGCGAGUUGACCCUUCGGCGAUCAACGAGCCGCUUCAAAUCAAUCCAUAUCGUCCAGGCAUGGCUUUGCGCCAGCACAUGAUGGAGGACAUGGAGGCAAUGGAGAAUGGCGGCAACUUGCUAAUGCCCAAAUCUGGAUGGGCAGCCAUGUUCACCCAACUUCACAAUCUAAAGACUUUGACAGUGGAGUUUGAACAUCACGAGGGCUUCGAGGACGAGCUGGGGAGACUCGCUCAGUGGGCCCAGAAGUGGCGGUUUCCCCUCCAGGAGGGUCAUAAAGACGGAGCUGGCGAGGACUCCUAG